AUGGACAAAAAUAAAGAUCGCAAUCAUCAACACAGGGCCUGUGAGGCGACGCCUGGUGCCAGCUGUAGACAACCCCUUUUAAGCGGUCCUCCGCCAUUUCCCAAACCAUGUUUUCCUGAACUAGAUCAACCUACGGAAAAUUUUGAGUGCUUUCAAGACGAAGAAUGGCCACAACUUGUGCAGAAAGAAUCCUGGACGCAGAGUAUUCCGCAAAAAGAUUAUUACAGAUUCUUCAAACCAAGUGAAUCUAUAGGUAGCUUUUACACUCCAACCGCUCGACAUUUACGAGUAGCAGGUUUGAGAAAAAGAAUUAAAAAAGUUAAAAGAGGAGGUCCAAUAGGUCCUGAUGGCAAUUUAAGGCCUCCACCAAUUUGGAACGCAGAAGAUAGACAAAAUGCUAUUGAAGCUAAAUUAUUACGCGAGAAACAAGAAGAGGCUAAAAUACCCGGUGUAAUAUGUUUAAGGGAUUUACUUACUGGAGAAUAUGAUAAAAAACUUUCUGCUAAAAAAGAAGCAAUAGAAAAACGCAAAAGAAAAAUCUUGGAAAAAAGAGAGAAAGAUGCAAUUAAAAAAGCAUUUACCGAUAAAGAAUAUUUGACAUCUCUAGAAGCCGAAGAACCGGGAAUAGAUCAACAACAUUUAUCGGUAUUUUCUCUCAAGUAUUUCAAUAAAGCAGUGAAAAAGUUGUCGGAAAAACUAUUAAAAGUUGGAGGAGCAGAUGAAAUGCUUCAGAUAUCAAAACAAGAACUUAGAGACGAUUUUAACUAUGUAAUGAGAUUUUGUCUGCUUAGUUAUAUUCUCAGAGAUGAAGAUGAACAAAAACGUCUGCGAAUACCAGGACGACCACCUUCUUGUCAACCAAUAUUUGUUUUGAGAAGUCCUGUGGCAUGGUCAACAUCCAAAAAACUUGCAUCAAAUCGAUUGCAUGAAAGAUUAUUCAUAACUCAUCCAAUUGUACGAAGAGUUAUAAAAUUGUGGAAUGAAAAAUAUGAAAACAUGUUGGUCGUGGAAUGGAGUAGAUUAGAUGAAGAUAUGCCUUUACCAAUGUUAGCUGAUGAUUUGCAGAGUAAAGUAGAACAAUUAUGCGAAGAAAGUAGAAAAGAACUGCUAGAAGAAUGGUUGCCAGCUGUGGCGGAUAUAUUUUUGGAAUUGAGGGACACUUGGGAACACUUGGUACCAUGGCACAAGUCUUGCUCCUUAGGUAAUGUCCAGGCGUUAUUUAAUACCGUCCACGCUGUGAUGGCAGCAAACUUAAGAUCAAUGGUUGAAAAAACAUUAAUCAAUAUAUUGAAACAAUUUGAAAAAUAUCAGGGUGGCAACCAGUUUGAAGAAUAUCAGGAUUAUCUCUUCACAAAUCGUCCAUUAGUUAUAGUUGAUGGAAAUGCUGAUGGCAUUAAAGGGAGUCUUUGCAUCAAACCCACGCUCCUAGAUUUAUGUACUUUGAUGCAUAGAAUUUUCCUCGAAGUUUUAGAAGUCAACAAAAAUAUGCCUAGAGUUGAAAUGCUACUAUUUCCAGAAUUUCAAGAUAAAGACUUUUUUAUACAUGCCGUGAAUGAGAACGAAGCUGAAAUCAAUGAAAUCAUUCAUAAAGCAUCUGAUAUAAUGGAGAAAAAUGUUUGCGGUCCAAUAUUAUAUUUGACACCGGUCUAUGAAAAAUAUAUGCACAUUGUCCAAGGAAAACUCUUAGCAGAAAUGCAAGCGUUCUUUAAAAUGGACCCCUUUCCAUACUUGAAGGAUUUCACAAAGUUAAUUGAUGGUUAUACAGACAUUUUACGUGAAUUGAGAUUAUUGAGAGAGUCAGUACCAUUAAAUAUGAUAAGUUUGAGAUUAACAGAUAUCAAUCAAGCACUUAUAAACACUGUACUAAGUGUUAGACAAGCAGUCGUUGAUCACUUUGUUCUUGAAAAUAGGACUAAAUGUAGAGAAAUUUGCGACACAUUUGACAUGAUGUCUGAUAGAGCUGGAGUACAAACAGAAACAACUCGUGAAAUUGUUGAAUUGAGCAAUUUUUUGACCGAAUGCAGAGAUGUAACUAUGUAUGCAUUAAGAGAACAAAUUAGAGCUGUUGUUGAAAGAGUUAUGUUCUUAAUGAGGCAUGCCCACCUAGUUAUUGAAGACAUACAAUUAAAUGCGCGUGUAUUCCUGUGGCCGAAGGAUAUGGAUGCAGUUUUAGAUUUAAGCGCUGCCAGAUUAGCCCAUCGCAAGGAACAAUGCGAAGCUUCCUUGAAAACGAGGCGACGCGCUUUUGAAAAAAAAUUAGAACGCCAUAAAAAAGAAUUGGACGCUUUUAAGAGAAGAGAUCCUCCUUUGUUAAGUAUGGAAGAAUUAAUAGAAAGUACAUCAUUGUGUGAAAGGAUAUUAACAAAACUUGCUGAAGAUAGAGAAGAGGCGUCUGGUAUCAAUGAAGAAGAAGUUUUAUUAGAUUAUGAACCUUCAGCAUUUGCUCUUCUUACAACUAUGGUGACGGUUAUUGAACCUUUUGAUAGAUUAUGGCAUACUGUAUUGGAAUUUCAUCAAAAAUAUGAUGUUUGGUAUUAUGGUUCAUUUAAAAACCUAGAAGCUGACCAGGUGAAAGAGGAAUCUGAAACAAUGUGGCGCACAUUAUACAAGUUAUCAAAAGGAUUUCAGGACAGUCCUGGAGCAAGACGAGUAGCCGAUAUGGGAAGAGUCAAAGUUGAACGGUUUAGAACAUUUAUGCCUGUAUUAGAGUCUAUUUGUAAUCCAGGCAUGAAGGAUAGACACUGGGAGCUUGUCAGUGCAGCUUUAGGUGCAGAAGUUAAUCCUGAAGAAAUUACAUCAUUAGCUGGUAUGAUAGAUAUUGGAUUACCAAGGGUGACCGAUAAAUUAGAAGAAAUAAGCAAUUCGGCAACUAAAGAAUUUGCUCUGCAACGUGCGCUGACGAAGAUGAAAACCGAAUGGAGCGAGGUUUAUUUUGAAUGCAUCAUGUACAGAGAUACAAAUUGUUCGAUUUUAUCGAGUUUAGAAGAUAUUCAAACACAAUUGGAUGACCAUAUUUUAAAAGCUCAAGCCAUGAGAGGAUCACCGUAUAUAAAAGCUCUAGGUCGCCUGGCUUAUGACUGGGAAGAAAAAUUAGUUAAUAUGCAGGACAUAUUAGACGCUUGGUUAUUGUGCCAAGCCACAUGGAUGUAUCUAGAAUCUAUAUUCAGUUCGGAAGACAUCAUGAGACAAAUGCCAACGGAGGCCAGAAAUUUCAAACAGGUUGACAAGAGUUGGAGGGAUAUAAUGGCAGCCACCACUAAAAAUCCUCAUGUAUUAACUGCUACAGACUACCCAAAUCUUCUAGAAAUUUUAAGAAAUAAUAAUGUAAUGCUUGAUGGAAUACAGAAAGGUCUAAAUGAUUACCUCGAAAAGAAGAGAUUAUUUUUCCCAAGAUUUUUCUUUUUAUCCAAUGACGAAUUAUUGGAAAUAUUGUCGGAAACAAAAGAUCCCACACGUGUGCAGCCUCAUCUUAAGAAAUGCUUUGAAGGUAUCGAUAAACUAAAUUUCAAUGAAGAAAUGGAAGUUGAAGCAAUGGUUUCUGCUCAAGGAGAAAUUAUCAAAUUAAGUGGAAAAAUUAUUCCAGCAGAUGCUAAGGGAUUGGUAGAAAAAUGGCUUGCCCAAGUCGAAAUUCAAAUGAUAAAUUCCCUAAAGGACGUAAUGGAGGCUGCGGUAUUAGCAUACUCACCAGAAGAAAGAGCCGAAUGGGUUCUAAAGUGGCCUGGUCAGAUCGUACAAGCUGGCGAUUGCAUUAUAUGGUCAGCUGAGGCAAGUGAAGCUAUUGAAAAAAAUAGCUUGGUAGAAUACGUUGAGCUUUUAGGAACACAAAUAGCUGAAAUAGUUGUUUUAGUGCAAGGCACCUUAACUCGCAAUACUCUAGCCACUGUUGAAGCUUUAAUAGUAUUGGACGUGCACGCUCGAGAUGUGACUUGCCUUCUCCGUGACUUGCAUGUGCAGUUUGUUGGAGAUUUUCAAUUUUUGGCACAAUUCCGUUAUUAUUGGGAUAAAGAAACCAAAUUGGUUGAAACCAGAAUGGUAUCUACAACAGUGAUGUACGGUUUUGAAUAUUUAGGAAAUGUUGGCAGAUUGGUUGUAACACCUUUAACAGACAGGUGUUUCAGGACUCUUAUGGGUGCUCUGAAAUUAAAUUUAGGAGGAGCUCCUGAGGGUCCGGCUGGUACUGGCAAAACAGAAACAUGCAAAGACUUGGCAAAAGCUGUUGCCAAAAAGUGCGUUGUGUUUAAUUGUUCGGAUGGGCUUGACUAUAAAGCCUUAGGAAAAUUCUUCAAAGGUUUAGCUCAAGCUGGAGCUUGGGCAUGUUUUGAUGAAUUCAACAGAAUUGAACUAGAAGUACUUUCUGUAGUAGCCCAACAAAUUUUAUGCAUUCAACGCGCAAUCACAGCUAAGCUGGAAAAAUUUGUUUUCGAAGGUACUGAAUUGUUCUUGGAUCCCACGUGUGCUGUGUUUAUCACUAUGAAUCCAGGUUAUGCGGGUCGUCAAGAACUACCAGAUAAUUUAAAAGUACUUUUCCGGACAGUGGCUAUGAUGGUGCCUGAUUAUGCAAUGAUUGGCGAAAUAACAUUAUACUCUAAUGGUUUUGUUCAAGCUCAUAGCUUAGCUCAAAAAAUCGUCGCAACCUAUAAACUUUGCUCCGAGCAACUUUCAUCUCAAAAUCACUAUGACUACGGAAUGAGAGCCGUGAAAUCAGUGCUUCUAGCAUCUGGUGCUUUGAGACGUGCUUAUCCUCACAUACCAGAAGCCAAACUUGUGUUAAGAGCUAUUGUGGAUGUAAAUUUACCUAAAUUUUUGGCUCAGGAUAUAUCUUUGUUCGAAGGAAUUUAUUCAGAUUUGUUCCCUGGUGUUGAGCUACCUCAGCCUGAACGCGAAGAUUUGAUAAGAACAUUAGGUACUGUUUGCGAAGCUCGUAAUUUACAAAAUACAUUUUGGUAUGCAGAGAAAAUGUUACAGCUGUAUGAGAUGAUUUUGGUGCGUCAUGGUUUGAUGAUUGUGGGCGAUCCUUUAGGAGGAAAAACGUGUGCUUACCAAAAUUUAGCUUUGGCUUUGAAAGAAAUUCAAUUGCUUGAAGCAAAGAGUAAAAUGAAGGAAUUUCAAACAAUUUUUAGAAUAAUAAACCCAAAAGCAAUUACUAUGGGCCAACUGUAUGGUUGUUUUGACCCAGUGUCUCAUGAAUGGACAGAUGGAGUACUAGCAAAUACUUUUCGUGAAUUUGCUAACUCAACUUCUACAGAGAGAAAAUGGAUUUUAUUUGAUGGGCCCGUCGAUGCUGUGUGGAUUGAAAAUAUGAAUACGGUGUUAGAUGACAAUAAAAAAUUAUGUCUUAUGUCCGGAGAAAUUAUUCAAAUGAGCGGUAAAAUGAAUUUGAUUUUUGAGCCAGCUGAUCUCGAACAAGCUUCUCCAGCCACUGUUUCGAGAUGCGGCAUGAUUUUUAUGGAGCCUAAAAUGUUGGGAUGGGUUCCGUUAAAAGACUCAUUCAAUAAUAUUUUAGCGAAGAAAUUAAUACCAGAACAGUUCGAAAUUUCAGAUGAAAUCAUGAAUUGGCUAAUACCUGCCUGUCUUAGUUUUGUUGCAAAAUGUAAAACUUUUGUUCAAACUUCACCUAUGCAUCUAUUUGUUUCCUUCACGAGACUCUACAGUUGUUUAUUAGAAGAUGAAUCUCAAGUUGCCACAGUUUGGUUACAAUGUGCUAUACUCUUUAGUACAGUGUGGGGUAUUGGAAGUACAUUAACAGCUGAUAGCAGAGUCUUGUUCGAUGACUUCUUUCGACGUCUAUUAGCGAAUCAAAUUGAAAAAUAUCCUAGAUGUGAUUUGUUCAAAUUGGCAAAAAAUCAAUUAUUUCCAGAUCGGGAUAUAGUAUUUUCAUUCCAGUUGACUAAAUCAGGGCAAUGGGCACCUUGGCUAGAAGGAGCAUCGCCGGCUCUACCUCCAAAUGCAAGAGUGUCAGAACUCAUGGUAAUGACCAGCGAGUCUGUCUGCACGCGGUACUUCGUGAAUAUGAUGCUGGCCAGUAAAAUACCAAUGGUCAUUUGUGGUCCUACCGGUACUGGAAAAAGUGCGGUUGUUCAAGAUAUGCUGCUUAGUUUGCCAAAAGAAAAGUUUUUACCGAAUGUUAUUAAUUUCUCAGCACGGACUACAGCACAAGCCACUCAAGAAUUAGUUAUGUCAAAAUUAGACAGGCGUCGCAGAGGUGUUUUCGGGCCCACAUUAGGAAAGCAAUGCGUAUUGUUCGUGGAUGACUUAGGAAUGCCAAUGCGUGAGAUUUAUGGUGCCCAACCACCUUUGGAAUUAUUGAGAACGUUAUUAGAUCAUGGUCAUUGGUCUGACCUUCAUGAUACUACAAGGAUUGACUUAGUUGAUAUCUUAUUUGUAUCCGCGAUGGGUGUACCUGGAGGUAGCAAUUAUGUUGAUGGUCGACUACUGAGACAUCUACAUAUUGUUACAGUGGAUUCCUUUGAAGAUGCGACUUUAAAUAGGAUUUUUGUUGCUAUUAUGGAUUGGCACUUUGCAAAAGGAUUUCUGGAAGCUGUGACUAGACUAUCGAAAUUUCUGGUUUCUGCUACUACUGAAGUUUAUCGUGCAGCAAUGGCAAAUUUUUUGCCAACUCCUGCUAAAUGCCACUAUACGUUUUCACUUAGAGAUUUUGCUAGAGUAGUUAAGGGAGUUUUAUUAGUACCUGCUUCAAGGAUGCAAGAUCCCGAUAAACUGAUUAGGCUAUGGGUGCAUGAAACUUACCGUGUAUUUUAUGACAGGUUAAUUGAUGAACCAGAUAGAGCUGCUAUGUUCAAAAUUGUGAAAAAUGCAACCUUCUCAUUCAGACAACAUCUGGAUAAAGUAGCUGCACAUUUAUUAGGUGAAGAUGAAGUAGAAGUAGAAGACAGGCAUCUCAGAGAUUUGCUUUUUGGAAAUUACAUGUAUCCAGACCAAGAUCCAAAAAUUUAUGACGAAGUCCAAGACUUGGAUGAUAUGUACGAUAAAAUGGUGUAUUAUCUCGGGGAGUAUAAUGCAUUGUCCAGCGCUCCUAUGAAUUUAGUACUAUUCAGAUUUGCAAUGGAACACGUAUCUAGAGUUUCUAGAGUUUUACAAGUGCCCCAAGGACAUGCCCUCAUGGUGGGAAUUGGUGGCAGUGGCAGAAAAAGUGCGGUUAAAUUGGCUGCUAGCAUUGCCGAAUGCACUCUGUUUCAGAUUGAAAUCUCACGUAACUAUGGUAUACCUGAGUGGAGAGAUGACAUGAAAAAGUUGAUUAUGAAAGCAGGAAAUGAAGGAAAACCUAUUGUAUUUUUAUUCAAUGAUAUGCAGAUAAAAAAUGAAAUGUUUAUAGAAGAUAUAAAUGCAUUACUAAAUACAGCAGAUCUACCUAAUUUAUUCCAAUCUGAAGAAAAAGCUGAAAUUUUGGAGAAAAUGCAAGUAGCAGCUAGAGCGGCGGGUCGACAAAUUGAAACAACGCCCUUGGCAUUAUAUGCAUUUUUCAUUGAAAGGGUUAGAAAUGCUCUUCAUGUAUUAUUAGCCCUGUCUCCAAUAGGAAAUGCUUUUCGAAUUCGCAUAAGAAUGUUUCCGUCAUUGGUCAAUUGUUGUACCAUAGAUUGGUUUAAAGAUUGGCCAAAAGACGCUUUGGAAAGAGUUGCUUUAAACUUUAUUGCACCGAUGGAUCUUGGGGAACACGUAACAGAUGCUUGUGUGAAUAUGUGUCAAUUGUUUCAUUUGAGUAUGGCGGAGGCUAGUACGCAAAUGUUUGAAGAACUACAUAGAAAAACUUAUAUAACCCCAACUUCUUACUUGGAAUUAAUCAAAGCAUUUCAAGGUCUUUAUGGAGCUAAAGUUGCAGAAAUAGUUGAAGGAAGAGAUAGGUAUAUUAAUGGGUUGGCUAAGUUAGACUUUGCAGCAGGUCAGGUUGGUUUAAUGCAAGACGAAUUGCAUGCUCUGCAACCGCAGCUAGUAGAAACUUCUGAUAAAACAGAGAAAUUGAUGGUUAAAAUCGAACAGGACACUGUCAUUGUUGAAAAACAAAAAGAGAUUGUUGGCGCAGACGAAGCUCUUGCAAACGAAGCAGCAGCUGCUGCUCAAGCUAUAAAGGACGAUUGCGAAUCUGAUCUUCAAGAAGCAAUACCAGCUCUUAACGCAGCUUUGGAAGCACUUGAUACUCUUAAACCUGCUGAUAUAACAGUGGUUAAAUCCAUGAAAAAUCCUCCAGCAGGUGUUAAACUUGUUAUGGAAGCCAUUUGUGUAAUGAAGGGAGUCAAACCUGAGAAAAAGCCAGAACCAGGUACUGGUAAAAUGAUUGAGGAUUAUUGGGGACCAUCACUAAAAAUUUUGAGUGAUAUGAAAUUUUUAGAAAGUUUGAAAACUUUUAAUAAAGACAAUAUACCCGAAGCGACAAUGAAGCGCAUCAGACAAAAAUUCAUUCCCGAUCGAGAUUUUGAACCUGAUGUGAUAAAGAAUAUUUCUACCGCUUGUGAAGGAUUGUGCAAAUGGGUGCGAGCUAUGGAUGUCUAUGAUCGUGUUAUUAAAAUUGUAGCACCAAAAAAGGCCGCACUGGCUGAGGCAGAAGCUUUGCUGGCUGCGCAAAUGGAAGUGUUAACUCAAAAAAGGGCACAAUUACAAACUGUAAUGGAUAAAUUGCAAGCUUUGAAUGACGAAUUUGCAGAGUUUUCCAAGAAGAAAAAAGAAUUAGAAGAUCAAAUUGACAUAUGCGAAAAGAAAUUGGACAGAGCUGAAAAGUUAAUUGGUGGCUUAGGGGGCGAAAAAGCGAGAUGGAGUAAUACAGCAGACACACUAAAUAGCUCUCUUGGAAAUAUAGUUGGAGAUGUUUUACUAGCUGCAGGUGCUGUGGCCUACUUUGGACCUUUCCCUGUUAAUACAAGAUCGAGAUUGGUUAGGAUGUGGAAUGAUAAAUGUUUAAAUCUUCGGAUUCCCUGCUCUGAAAUCUUUACAUUAUGGAAUACCUUAGGCGAAGCAGCUGCUGCUAGAGCCUGGGGAUUAGCAGGUCUACCUGUUGAUGCAUUUUCUAUAGACAACGGAAUAAUUGUUACUCACGCUAAAAGAUGGCCUUUGAUGAUUGAUCCACAAGGUAUUGAGAUAUCAUGCCAUAUCAAAAAUUUGGAGAAAGAUAAUUGA